AUGGACUCGUUUCAUUACAUCAACAACGAGGCCCAGUUUUUUGUUCAAGAUGCUGUUACUGAAUCUGCACUGAAGGAGGUGAGCCAAAAGGUUCAUGAUGAGAACCGAAAGAUACCUACCUUUGUUAAUCAUUCUGCUAUACCCUAUUCCAUACAGAAUCAUUUGCGGCCAGAGGAAAUGGAGCAGAUAAAGUUGACCUUGAACAAACGAUAUGAUGCCUACACACAAUCCCUUGAUCUACAGAGACUACAAUAUGAUCCAGACUUGGUGGGCCACGAUAUUGACAUGAUACUGAACCAGAGACACUGCAUGGCUGCCAUCCUGCAGAUCAUUGAAAAGGAAUUUCCUGAGGUGUUUUGUUUGAAUUUACGCAACAACAAACUCUAUCAGCUGGAUGACCUAUCUGACAUUAUAGGGAAGGCCCCAAAAAUCAAGAUCUUGAACCUUUCUGACAAUGAGCUUAAGAUGGCAUUGGAGUUACAGAAGUUGAAAGAGCUGAAGCUUGAAGAAUUGUGGCUGGAAGGAAACCCUUUGUGCAGCACAUUCAGUGACCAUGCUGCCUAUGUAAGUUUGAUUCUGGAUUGUUUCCCCAAUUUGUUGCGCCUGGAUGGCAGAGAGUUAUACCCUCGCGCUGUCACUGAAGUUGUGUUAAUGAAGCCCUGCAAGGAAAGCUAUCAAGGACCUGAAUUACUGAAAAAUCUGAUCCUGUAUUUCCUGCAACAAUAUUACUUUAUUUAUGACUAUGGAGAUCGCCAUACUCUCAUUAAUGUUUACCAUGAGAAGGCCUGCUUCUCUCUGAGCACUGCCUUCAACUCCAUGGAUCCAGACCCGAGCGCCUUGUAUGACUAUAUCAAGAACAACAGGAAUAUGAAGGAUAUCAAGGAUUCCUACCUGAGAAGGAAAUUGCUUAAGCACAGAAACCGUACCAUCGUGGAUGCCCUCAGUAUGUUGCCAAGAACGCAACAUGACUUUAGCUCCUUCUCAAUAGACAUGUGGUUCCACACGGAUACGAUGAUCAGUUUUGCUGUUAAUGGAUUAUUCAGAGGAGAAAGUAAUUCUCAGAAUUUGAUGUUUGCCUUCACCCGGACUUUCAUCGUUACCCCAAGCAUGACUUCCAUGCUUUGUAUCCUGAAUGAUCAACUGUUGGUGAAGAACAUCAGUCCUCUCAAUGUCCAUACAGUCUUCACCAUCCCAGGAAGCAUUCCGUGCUCCAGUUGCACACCCACCCUUUCCCAGCUGCAGCAUGAAUUGGAGCAAGCUUUCUCCUCUCUGUCUGGGAUGAAAUUUGAGUGGUGCAGGAAGUGCCUUGAAGAGAAUGGAUGGAACUACACCAGAGCGGCACAGGUCUUCCUUAUCCUCCAGAUCCAGGGCAAGAUCCCAAAGGAGGCCUUCAAACAAAUCACAUAA